UCAUCAGCCAUCUCGAUUCUCGGCUGAUCGGGUCGCGGACGUCGCGGUCAUCGCGAGAAAGUGCGAAUCGCGCGUAGUUGUUUUUGUUCUCGAAGGCGCACUCGGCUGGCGCCUGAGGUUAGGUAAUAUAGUAAAACAUUAGGUUUAGGUAAAACACAAACAAAAACAAAUCCGAAACGACAACAUCGACGAAGACCCUUUCGCCAUCCACGACUAGCCUGACAUCCCCUUCAAGUUAACUCUCCCCGAGAGCAACCCAAGAAUGUGGAAGUUCGUGACCCGAGGGAUCCGCGAGUCUCUGGAGCGUCGAGCCUGCCGUACUAACGUCUACUCGCAAACCUCUCAGGAUGGCAACGGAGGCAACAGCACCGAGCAGAAGAAGGUCAUCUGUUCUGACGGAAAAAUCCUAACUCCCAAGUUCUCGACCUUUUAUCAUGACUGCUGCGGAAAUACCAAACAGUCUGGUGCCAAGGACAAAGAGUAUCAAAACAAGUACGACGCCAAGUACACCUGGACUGACGCUGUAGGCUGGUCUAGCGUAUUAGCAGUUGGCUAUGUUGUGUGCCAGUCUCUGUGCAUUAGAAGAAGAUUGUUUGAAAUUGACAACAAAAACUUUGAGAGCUGGCAUAACAGACUAUUCGUAAAACCUCAAAUACAAGCUUCCAGACUACUUAAUCAUUUACUACCAGUGCCAAAGUACAUUUUGCCGUUAAGCAAUCCUAUCCAGCCCAAGGGCACUAGUGAAGUUUUAAUCAACAGUGAUAUCAAUGUUGACCAACCAUAUGGGCCUAUCACUGCUCAAGAGGCUCUCAAGGAAGCAGUUAAUGAAUUUGCGUGCACUCAUGAAACAAUUUUGGGAGAGUUAGAAUUGGAUUACGGAUCAAAAGCCUUAGAAGAAAAACGAUACGAGGAUGCUGUUGAACAUUUUACUACCGGUGCUAAUUUAUCAUCAACAGCUAGUAUGUUUAACUUGGCUCUGUGCUAUGAAUUAGGUUUAGGAACUUCCACGGACUAUGCAAAGGCUGUUAAAUAUUAUAAAAGAGCUGCUGAUAAAGGUCACGCCGAUGCCAUGUACAAUUUGGGUAUUUAUCAUGCUCAAGGAAAGGGUGGUCUUAGAACAAAUUUGGAUACUGCUAGGCAAUUAUUUACAGAAGCUGCAAAGAAAGGACAAACUCAGGCCCUGAAGGCAUUACAAUUGGAAAGGUCUUUUAAGAAACGUCCGAACCUGGAACAUAAGUCUAAAUAUAAUUUAGAACCAAAAACUAUAAGCAGUAGUGUAGACAGCAAUAUUGUUACAAAACUAAUGAAUUAUAACAAUAUUUUAACCUCAGACUUAAAUACUGAUACAAUACAGUCAGAUCAAUUUAUAAAUUCAUAUGAAAAAGAUAUGGACAGAAAAAGUCCUACAGAUAUGUUUUUAGAAAUGCUUAAUAUUAAUGAACGAAGUGCCAUACCUAUUCUCUCUGUGGGAGAAAGUGGUCCUUGAAAAACUCAAAUACCUCUGUAAAUUUACUUAUACUUUUAAGUAUCAUUCAUUUCAUUUUACGUUUUAACUCAUUUUUAUAAAAGGCUAGAAAGUCUUUGUAAAACAGAUAUUUUGGCAUGAUAUGUUGUACAUAGCAACAUGCAAUCGAUUAUGUAAAUAGUUUUAGAAUACAAAACAAAAAAAGUAUAUCGUGUAUAUAGAAUCAAAAUGUCGAUGACAAAUUUGAUGUUUGAUCAUUUUUCUGUAACUCAUUCAAGUAUUUUUUAACUCCCAACGAGUUCUUUGAAUGAAAUGUUAUCUGUGAUUAUUUCACUGCUUAGAAAGCUGUAAAUAUUGUGCUCAACGAUGACUGUUCAAGAAACAAAAACUGAACUGUUUACCUACUACUGAAAAUUAGUCUGUACAAAUUUUCCAGAAUAAAAUAAAACAAAAAUUGGAUGUAAUUCAAAAAA